AACAGAAAGUAAAACGAACGAACGUUUGGAAAACUCGUUCAGACCAGGCUCCACGCUGAGACGAUGAGGAUGACGGUUUGUGUUUAGAGGACGGCUCAGGUAGCUGCUGACUGGAACCGACUCACUGGAAACCGACGGUGAAUGAUUUCUGCCUGUAACGGAUUGAAGUCCAGAAGAUGGAAGUUUCUCUACAUGGCGAAAAGGACAAAGCAGGGCCUCUAGGACCCAGCUGUCUGUCUAUGAAGUCCAAAGGAUUACCUCCAACAUUCAGUAUUGAACCUGAACCACCAGAGCCAAAAUCGAGGAAGAGGAGGGACGUGUGUGUGGAGGAGGAGCUGUCCAGCUGUGCUUCGUGUCAGGGCGUGUUGAAGGAUCCUGUUUUUAACAGUUGCGGGCACUGGUUCUGCAAACAGUGCAUCACCUCAGAUGAGGGUACUUCAGCAGGACAAUCCUCUUGUCAACAGUGUGGAAAAAGACCCAGAAGCAGAGAUGGAAAGCAAAAAAACAAUCCAAGCAGCUCUUUAAACAUUGCUGGUCUGCAGGAGGGUUUAGAGGAGCAUCGGAUCAGUUUGAAGAGGAGAUGUGAAUGUGUGACUGAAGGAAGUGAUGAAAAAGGAAGUAGGACCCUGCUCAACACAAUCUACACUGAUCUCUACAUCACAGAGGGACAGAGUGAAGAAGUUAAUACCCAACAUGAGGUAAAGCAGCUGGAGAGAGCUUCCAAGAUCCAGAACCUCCAUGACACUCCAAUCAGGUGCCACGACAUCUUUAAAGCCUUACCUGACCAACAUGGACCCAUCAGAGUGGUUCUGACCAAUGGUGUCGCUGGUGUUGGAAAAACCUUCUCAGUGCAGAAGUUCACUCUGGACUGGGCAGAGGGCUUGGAGAACCAAGACAUAAGUGUGGUGGUUCUGCUUUCAUUCAGGGAGCUGAACUUGAUCAGAGGUGAGCAGCACAGUCUUCUCACGCUGCUCCAUGUUUUCCAUCCCACACUUCAGAAGCUUCCAGCGGAGAACCUUGCUGUCUGUAAACUUCUCUUCAUCUUUGAUGGUCUGGAUGAAAGCAGACUUUCUCUGGACUUCAAUGACUGUCAGAUUGUUUCUGACGUGACACAGAAGUCAUCACUCAACGUUCUACUGACAAACCUCAUAAAGGGGAACCUGCUUCCUUCAGCUCUCGUCUGGAUAACUUCCCGACCUGCAGCGGCCUAUCAGAUCCCUCCUUCAUGUAUUGCUAGGGUAACAGAAGUACGAGGCUUCACAGAUGCCCAGAAAGAGGAGUACUUCAAGAAACGGUUCAGUGAUGAAGAGCUGUCCAGCAGAAUCAUCUCCCACAUCAAGACCUCCAAGAGCCUCCACAUCAUGUGUGGGAUCCCUGUCUUCUGCUGGAUCACUGCUACGGUUCUGGAGAACAUGUUGACCACAGAGCAGAGAGAAGAGUUGCCCAAGACCAUGACUGACAUGUACUCACAGUUCCUGCUGGUCCAGACAAAGAGGAAAAAGAACAAGUACCAUGGACGACAUGUGAGCAGUCCACAGGGGCUGAUUGAGGCUGACAGGGAAGUUCUUCUGAAGUUGGGGAGGCUGGCGUUUGAACAUCUAAAGAAAGGAAACAUCAUGUUCUACCAAGAAGACCUGGAGCAGUGUGGUCUUGAUGUCACAGAGGCUUUGGUGUACUCUGGAGUUUGUACAGAGAUCUUCAAGAGAGAGAGUCUGAUCUUCCAGAAACCCGUCUACUGCUUUGUUCACCUGAGCAUUCAGGAAUUUCUGGCUGCAGUGUACAUGUUCCACUGUUUCACCAGCAAGAACACGGUGGUGUUGAAGAGAUUCCUGGGAAAAAAAUACAGUUUCUCAUCUGUGGAUGACUUAGCGGAUAAAUCCAUGGUGAAGUCUCUCAGAAAUAGAAACAUAUAUUUGAACACAGUUGACAGUUUCUCCUCUCUGCAUCACUUUCUGAAACGAGUCAUGGAGAAAUCCCUUAAAAGUAAAAAUGGCCACCUGGACUUGUUGGUUCGCUUCCUUCAUGGCCUCUCUGUGGAGUCUAACCAGAGACUCCUAGAAGGGUUGCUUGGCCAGAUAGAGGAUAGCAAAAAAAACAUACAGAAAGUUAUCAACAAUCUAAAGGAGAUUAGUGUGUACCUGCGUGAGCCUGAAAACAGCUCUGGUGUCCGAAAGAAGAUGAAGAGAUCGAAUCUCUCUCCAGACAGAAACAUCAACAUAUUUCACUGCCUGAUGGAGAUGAAUGACGUCUCUGUUUAUCAAGAGAUUCAAGAGUUUCUGAAAUCAGAGAACAGAUCCGAGAAGAGACUCUCAGAAAUCCAGUGCUCAGCUCUAGCCUACAUGCUGCUGAUGUCGGAGGAGGUUCUGGAUGAACUGGACCUCAGGAAAUACAACACAACAAAGGAGGGACGAUGGAGACUCUUUCCUGUCGCAAGGAACAGCAAGAAGUUCCGCGUUGUUCAUUGUGAACUCUCAAAGCCUCACUGUGAAGUUAUUGCCUCAGCUCUGAAAUCCAACCCAUCCCAUCUGAUGGAUCUGGACCUGAGUUGGAAUAAAAUUGGAGACUCUGGAGUGAAACGUCUGUGCGCUGGGCUUGAGAGUCCAAACUGUAGGCUAGAAAUCCUGAGGUUGGUGAAGUGCAGGUUGUCUGAGAACAACUGGGCUACUCUGAUCUCAGCUCUAAAGUCAAACCCCUCGUAUCUAAUAGAACUGGACCUGAGUGAGAACGAAGCCCUGAAAGAUGCUGGAGCAAAGGAGCUCUGUGCUUUUCUGAAGAGCUCACUCUGCAGACUAAAUACUUUGAGAUUAAGGAGCUGCAGGUUGUCAGAGAUCAGCUGUGGUUCUCUGGUCUCCGCUCUGAAGUCCAACCCCUCCCAUCUGAUAGAACUGGACCUGAGCGGGAACAACCUAAAGGAGUCAGAUAUUCAACAGCUUAAGGAGUUUGUAAAAAGUCCAGACUACAAACUGGAAACUUUGAGAUUGUGAAGACCUUUAUAAACAUAAAGAUGAACUGUGCCCAUAAAACACAGACUGAAGCUGCAGCAGAAUCAGGAUGAUGUUUAUUUGGGCCAUAAUUGCAAUCUGACUGUUACAGUGCUCACUGCACACCAACAUCUGGUGUACAACUUAAACCGAAUGUUUUUUUGGGUUUCUUUAUAAAAAAUAAAAAAAGGAGGUGGGGAGUAUACAUUUAAAGGCUCACUAUAAAGCUCUGGGUUUAUUUUUCUAUUUCUGCUUUCAGUCCUUUUUUUCUUGUUUUUAUCUGUGUGGUAUUAUUAUGGAAUAUGGUAUUAUGUGAAUAUUUGAUGUACUAUACAAUUUAAAUCUGAUGUAAAAAUGUAAUGGAUCAUUUAAUAUUUCCUUGUCAACUAUAAGUUUAUAAGGGGUAAAGUGUCUCAGUGGUUUUGAGGAGCUUAGGCAGGAGUAAUGGAAACAGUCCUUUGGCCUUGGACAAGGAGUCUUUAUAGAACCAUGCUGGAAACAGAGAUGUAAGAGCUGAGUUUGUAGAUGUUUGUUUUCUCUAUUAAAAUGUUUUGACACAAUAA